UGUGUGAGAGCGUGUGUCAAUGUAUAAGCGAGUGUGAGAGUGUGUGUCAAUGUAUAAGCGUGUGUGAGAGCGUGUCAAUGUAUAAGCGAGUGUGAGAGCGUGUGUCAAUGUAUAAGCGAGUGUGAGAACGUGUGUCAAUGUAUAAGCGAGUGUGAGAGCGUGUGUCAAUGUAUAAGCAUGUGUGAGAGUGUGUGUCAAUGUAUAAGCGAGUGUGAGAGCGUGUGUCAAUGUAUAAGCGAGUGUGAGAGCGUGUGUCAAUGUAUAAGCGAGUGUGAGAGCGGGUCAACGCACUGCGCUUGGAAGCCAGGAAUCUGAUUCUAAAACCUCAGCGCUGGGGAUACAAUACAGGCGGGCGCUUUGCCGGUCUUAAUCGGUGUUUGCUAACAGUUCUUGCCUCAACAACCUGUUAAAGGCUGCACGGGAAAUCUGAGUUUUGUUUGUAAGGAAGCGUGAGUGUGGGUGUGUGUCUCCCCAUCAGGAGUGGUUUCCUGUCCUCGUCGAUAGCCGCCACAGUUCGCGCCCUGUACGUGGUCGCGGCAGUCCACGCCGCGAUCCGCGCGCUCCGCCAAAUGGAGCCCUAAUUAUCGCGACCACGUGAGCAUGGACGAUUAAGGAGACACGGGGGAGUGGGGAAGCUAGGGGUAGGUGGAACGCGGUCCGGGAGGUGCGGGUGUUGUGGAUGGGGCCGGGCAGCGCGCACGGGGCGCGAACUCGCUCGAGUCCGCAACUCGGAGUGGCCGUGCGGCGCGUUCACUGCGCUGCGGGGCGGGAACAGCUGCAGGUGCAGGGCUCCAGGUAGGGUGGAGCGACGCCGCACGGAGCCUCACGGAGCCUCGCGGAGUCCGACUCGGAACAGCCUCGCGUCACGCAGAUGGGACCCGGACUCCUCCACGCGUGCGUCUCCGCGCUGCUUGCGUGCGCAGCGCUGCUGGGCGCACACACGGCCGCUUCCACCACCACCACCAAGGCAGGGAUCCUCAACCCCGGGCUCCCCUUUCCAGGGACAUCAUACCCCGGGGAGGUGUCGGCCUUCUCCGCCGCGCGCACUCGCAGCCAGAUCGGUGGCCCGCGCCUCGCGGUGACCUUCGACCGCGUGUUCGUGAACCUGGGCCAGGACUUCAGCGCCGAGUCCGGCGCGUUCACGUGCCGCGUGCCGGGCGCCUACUACUUCGCCUUCACCGUGGGCAAGUACCCGCGGAAGCUGCUCUCCGUGAUGCUCGUAAAGAACCGCAACGAGGUGCAGGUCAUGGUGUACGACGAUCACCGGCGCGGCGAGCGCAAGACGCAGAGCCAGAGCGUGAUGCUGCUGCUGCGGCGCGGCGAGCGCGUGUGGCUCCGCCUGCACGGGGAGCCGAGGUACGCGCUCUACAGCAGCGCGGGGGCCUACACCACCUUCACCGGCUACUUGGUCUACGCAGUUCCGUCGGGCGACUCGGGGCCCGUGGCCGGCACCGCUCUCCCUGCUCCCGCCGCCCCUCGCGCGCCUCGCGCCGCUUCGCUCGUGGUUCCCUCUUCUCCCGCGCCGUCUCCUCCUGUUCCCCCUGCUCCUCCCGCCACCUCCCCCGCUCCCCCUGCCCCCCCUCUUCCCCAGGAGCCGCGCUCCCCCGCGACCAGGUCGGCCUUCUCCGCGGCUCGCACCUCGAGUCUCGCGGCAGCGACGAGACCGAGCGCGGCGGCCCGCGCCCUGAGCUUCGACGCGCAACUCGUGGACAUUGGCGGCGACUUCGACGCGGGGUCGGGCGUGUUCACGUGCCGCGUGCCGGGCCUCUACUUCUUCGCCUUCACCGUGGCCAAGGCGCCGGGGCUGGGCGUCUCCGUGGCGCUCAUGCGCAACCGAGACGCCAUGGAGGCGGUAAUCGGAGACAGCAGCCGCUCGGCUCGCCGCGAGAUGCAGAGUCAAAGCGCGCUGCUGCGGCUGGACGCGCGCGACCGCGUGUGGCUCCACGCGCCCGCGCACCCGCGCCUCGGCCUCUACAGCAACGCGGGCCGCUGCGUCACCUUCUCCGGGAUGCUGCUGCUGCCGCUCGCCGGCCACUGACCCCCCCACCGUCGACCCAUCAGCACCUCGCCUCGAGCUGCCGGGAAAACUGGGACGGAGGCAGGGGGGGGGGGGGAACGUCGGCGGGGGGAGGGGGCGAUGUGAUACUCCGGUCUGAGAGAUCGGGGUGAAGUGAGCAGAGCCCCCAUACCCACGUGGAGCUGCUCGCCCGGCGGUCUUUAUCAGCAGCAGCAGCAGCACGGAGAGGACAGACAGUGGGAACUGUGAGCACAGCACAGUGGAGCUGGCACCGUCACUGGACACGCACGGGCCCACGUGGCCGCGCGUCCCUGCUCACGUGGGCCCGGCACCUCGCUGCAGACGCCGCGGCCUCCUCCUGCUCGUGCCCGAUCCCCUGCGCUAUCGGGCUGAGACACGCGUUCGUUUGUACAGUGCAUCAUGCACUAGAACUAUCCAGGCACAACCCUGCUUUUUGAUGUCUUAAAGAGUAGUACAGUAGUUUUAAAACAAAUGUUAUUUUAAAAUGUCUUCAUUGUAUAUAUGUUAUUUAUUUUUCUUACAUUGUGCGUUAUUAAAUACUGUAUACGUGUAAUGGAUUGGUGUUAGAGCGUUAAGUCGAGCAAUAUAUAUGUCUGUGUGACAAGUGGUGGGGCGAUGGCCUUGUCUAAUCCUGCCGUAGCCUGAGUCACCAGCUCGGUACACACGAAGAUCUGACGAGCCCAGGCGCAUUGCUGGUGAUUUUGUCGUAAGCAACAAUGAUACAACAAAUAAAUACACGGAAUCGACACAAUGUGCAGUUUACUUUUCCACAAAGAGAAAAAAAGUGCAAAUUCAGCAUCCUUGCGUGGUCAUUCCGGAUUAAUGAUAUCCAACAACAUUUAUUGAAGCAGAAUAUAAAAUGAACUACUGUCGACCUUCUGCAUCUUAUCAGCAGGGUCAGGCUUGUGAAACAAAUGCUGCUCUUUCCAGAUGUUGUAGGCACGAGCAGCACUCCACGUGCAUGAUGGGGCCCUGUUCGGCACACAUUGAUUCACUGGUUCAUGAUUUCCAAUCCGCCUGUAACUUGAACAUCAAACAGAGCGCAUGGUUGAGCAAUUAUUUACAGCACAUCAAAACAAGCGAGUUCCUUUUUCCAAAUUAAACGUUGCCUUUAGAGGGCGCGACCUCACCCGGAGAGUCGACAAACAUUAUUUAUUUUUAAGAGAAUUAAACAGCUCUGCGACCACCGCCUCGCUGCCAUCUACGAGUUUUAGAGAAACAGCCACUGAGCGAAUGCCUAAUUGUAUUCUUGGUUCUUUCGGUAAAGUGACGUAGAUAGAAAAUUAAAAAGCCGAAAAAA